AUGGCGACUGCAUCGCAGCCCGAAGCUGCUCCCCCUGAUCCAAAGGCGUAUUAUGGCUAUCUAUUUGGAGCUGACAAGACACCGACCAAGGUGCUUGAUGCUCUGCUGAGAGCCAUCGCCCAACACAUUAUUACCGAACUCGGCGACAAGAGCGAUCAUGCUCUAACGCCAAAGAAACUCGCUGCCUUCUACAAGGCCGUUGGAGGCGACUACGAUGGACUCUUCCUCCAGGCUCCCUUCGACUCCAUCUCCUAUAUCUGGCAGGUCACCGGCUGUCAGCACACGCUGCAGCCCUCAGACGAUGACUUCGCCGCCCCCAGCGUCCCCGCGCUGACUCCCAAGGGCUUCGUGCGCUGGGAGUCCAUCGAGAUCCUGCUCGGGCCCGAGGAGCAUGUGCCCUUCCUGCAGUUCGCCGUGCGCAACUGGGCACUCAAGAACCCGGACUCCGGCGAGGCGUUUCCUCUCGACCUGCCCAAGGAGGCCUUCCCCGCCGUGCCGGACCCGGACGUCGACAAGUGGCACAAGGCGUGCGCGGAGAAGCUGCGCAGGGAAGCUGCAAGUAAAGAUGACUCGUCGACCGCAUCGACAGCAUCUGCUGCUGCUGCUGCCGCCGCCGCCGCCGCAGCUUCGGCCGCAGCGUUCGCGGCGACGGCCGACCGAGUGAAGCAGGCGUACGCUCAUGUUCAUGCGCCACCUAGCGCAGCCAACUCUCCGCGCCCACGACACGAUCCCGAUUACUUCACACCCCCCGUAUCUUAUGUUCACGUCCCACCGUCACGGUAUCCCAGCGGUGUGCGUACGGCUACCGUACCUGGCGCGGUACCCGUCCGCGUGUCUCCCGAACGGUAUCGCCAGAACUCGUCGUCGGCUGACGAGCGAGCGCGCAGACGCUCGUGCUCCGACUAUCCCUCGCCGCCGCACGAGACCCCGAUCUCCAUGCACUCGUCCGGUCACCUCGACCCGCAGGCGCCGCGGGUCGUCAUCCCGCCCCGCCGGCACAGCCAGCCGCGGCACUACAGCUCGAGCUCCGAGUCGGACGACGACGUCAGCCCGCGCAGCACGGCCAAGCGCCGCAGCCACCACCACUCGUCCAACGAGCCCAUCUCCAUCCGGCGGUUCGUCCAGCCCGACGGCGGUGCUGCGAUGCCGCCCCCGGCGGCGCCGAACGCCCCGCCUGUCCUGCCCAUCCCGACGAUCAAGACCGAGGCCAAGAUGCGCGCCGAGGACAGGGACAGGGAGACGCGCGAGCCCCGCAGGAAGAGCUUCCCCAUCCCGCCCACCUGGCGCGAGAAGCUGUCGAACACGAUCUCCGACGUGCUGCCGGGCGUGGACCGGCCGCGGAGCAGCAGCCGGGGUCAUGGCAACGGGGGCGGUGCGCCGGUGGCGACGCGUCUGUCGCGGGAUAAUCUGCCUGGCUCGAGACUGGGCCGGAGCUGGUCUCACGAUGACGGCGAGAGCGACGAGGAUGACUCGGACCGUGAAAGGGACCGGAGCCACAGACGGAGGAAACGAGACAAGGAGUGGGAUCGUGAGCGCGAUCGCGACCGCGACCGGGACCGGGACCGAGACCGCGUGCGUGAUCGCGACAGAGACAAGGACCGAGAUCGAGACAGAGACCGCGAGAGGGACAGAGAUCGGGACCGCGACAGACGCGACAGGGAUCGCGACCGAGACCGAGACAGAGACAGAGACAGAGACCGGGACAGCUAUCCGGAGCGGGAGCGCGAUCGCGACAGAGACCGAGACCGCGAGCGGCGCCGGGGCCGCCGGCCGGACGAGGACUGGGAAGAGGCGCAGGACCGCCGCAUGCGCCGCGAGCGCGACAAGUACCUCUCGCGGCCCGAGGCACAGCGGCGCACGAGCAGCCACGCAGACAUUGACCGCCACCGAGACUCGGACUUUGAUCUGCGGGAACGCGAUAGGGACAGGGAUAGAGACCGGGACCGCGAUCGCGAUCGGGACAGGUUCUGGGACGAUAGGCGCCGGCGCGGGGAAGAGCGCCUGCCCAGCCCUGUGGUCACUGGCGUCAGCGGCCGGAAGUAUCCUGAGCCUGGCUGGAACUGA